ACACACAGCCAUACUUUUCUGCACACAACGCCAAGGGUAGGUAUGUAUUAAUACAAAGCGCGCUCAAAGAACAAAAGAGAACGAAUACAGAGAGACAGUGAGAGAGAGCGCAAGAGCAACAUUGAAAAAAAUCUGCUGCCAGCGGCGUCGGUGGAUUUAUUUGGCUCGCAAUGCUGCGCCGCAGUUUUUGUUGUUAAUUUGUACUCUACACUCCACUUAAUUUUUAAAAGAAAAGCAAGCUGAAACAAAUACAAACUGGGUAGUGAGUGUUUAAGUUGCUAAAAAUGGCCAAUGUUCCGGUGCCGAUGCCGUCAGUGCUGAAAACAGCAAAAAAAACAAAUGGAGACUCCGUCGCGGUGGCUGCGUCGUCGACUGCGGCGGCAGCGUUGGGUGACAACGAAGACUCGGAAGAGUCCGAGUUGGAGGAAGAUGACGAUUUGCUUGAUGAUCCCGACGAUGUCGUUCUGCAAAUUGACAGCGAAGACGAGGCCGAAUUGGAGGCCCAGCGCAUACGCUUGGAUGAUAUGAAAGCAGCGGCUGCCGCAGCGGCAGCAGAGACAGCAGCAACAACAACAAAGUCGCAGGUCAGUAACGGUAAUCAGCAGAAGCAGCAGCAUCAGCAGCAGAAUCAAACGAAUGACAAAGCAGCGUCCCGAAAACCUCGUGGACGUCCUCCUGGAACUGGCAACAAAAAAAAACAGAAAACAUCGAGCAGCCCCCAGGCCUCCACAGCAUCAUCUCUGGUCGCCGCUCAGGUUUUGGCAGAUGAGAAGUCGUAUCGCUUCUUCUACAAAUGUACGCGCUGCUGCAACCACUACGGCGACGGACUGUCUCUCUCCCGGCACUUCCAGAAGGAGCACUCUGAGCAGGACUGCCAUCAGGUCAAGCGCAAGCGUGGCAGAAGCAAAGUUUCCCCUAGUGGAAUAGAGUCAACGCCUCCUCUCAUUCUGUCCACCUUGAAUGUAGGCUGUUUGAAGCCUUGUGCCCAGCUGCUCAUACAAGGGGAAUCCCUGUUGCAGCUUUGCCUGGCCUGCAACUCCCAGUUUGUGGAUGUGAAACACUUUCAGCAUCAUCUGAGCGAGCAGCAUGGCUUCUUCAAGUUGCUCGUGCCUAAGGAGGAGCCCACUGAGGUGCCACCCACAGCUAUGGUGACCAUACCUGCUGCUAUAGCCAUGAGCAAGUCCAGUCAGCAGCUUCAGUUGCCCAUCCCAGCACCGGACACCCCACCGCCCGAACAAGAUGGCAAGGAACCGUCGGGGACUGGCUCGUGCACCGAUAAAGAUGAUCUCGAUAUAAUAAACGCCAUGGUAGCCAAAAUGGCAGCCGAGAGGGGCAAGCCGAACUGCGCUCCCAAGGUCAACAAGAUGAUUAUUAAGCUGCCAGGUGUGGCCAAGCGGGGCAAAAAAUGUAAGGAUCAGGAGGUAAAGACUCAACGAAAGGAAAGAGAGCAGGAAUCUCCAGAAAGCGUGGAGAAACCAGAAAAAAAGAAUCAGGAGAAGCCAGACCAAGCAGUGCCAGAUCCGCUGCAGCGUCCAGAGGAGCCCACUAACCCACCCAAGCGGAAGCGUGCUUGCAAACAAUUAUCACCGUCGCCCUCGGAGACAGAGAAAGAGAUCAAAAAAGAGACGGAGCCAAGCGAGCGACGCAUGCGCAAGACUCGAAACUUUGUCGACUAUGUGAUGGAUGUGAAGGAUGAGGAAGACGAAGACGAAAACGAAGAGGAGUCUGAGGGAUCCUCUGCCACAGUUUCGCCGCAUAACAGCUCGAGCGACGAGAGCCUGGCGUCGAUUAAACGGGAGUCAAUAGAGGAGUCUCAGAGCACUGGUAGACCCAUACACACUUGUAACUUUUGCGGCAAGACCUUUCAGCGCUUCUCACGCAUGCAAGAUCAUCUGCGAAUCCACACGGGCGAGAAACCCUUCAUUUGCAAUCAUUGCGGAAGAGCUUUUCGGUUGAAGAUGCGUCUCGCAGAGCAUAAGCUGCGUCAUCGUACUGAGAAGGCCUACCAAUGCGAGAUCUGUUCCAUGCCCUUGGCCACCAAACAAGAUCUAUCACUGCAUAUGCGUCAUCAUAAGAACGACAGGCGUUACAAGUGCGACAAAUGUGACAAAGGCUUUGUGCGAAGCUCCGACUUGGCCAUCCAUGUGAGAAUUCACACCGGAGAAAAGCCCUAUGCUUGUGAUCUGUGCGGCAAGGCCUUCCGAGCUCGUCAGAAUCUUGUGGUUCACCGACGUACUCAUUUAGGCGACAAGCCGGUACAGUGUGAGCUCUGCGACAAACGGUUCGCAAGGAAGAUUGACAUGCGAGUGCACAUGCGCAAGCAUACAGGCGAGAAACCCUUUAACUGCGAGUCUUGUCAGCGUGGCUACUCCUCCCGUGUGAAUCUUCAGCGUCAUCAAGAGCGCGAGCAUGGCAAAGGCUCGCAGAAGCCACAACGGACAAAGACGGGACAAGGAAAAGAGGCCAAGCCGGAGGAGGGAAACGAAUCCAUCCCUGAGAAAGAAGCAGAAUCGAAGACAGAGAAAGGAACAGAACCCAAAGACAAAGCUAAUCUGCGCCGUCCGCGGCGUGAGAAGUUGCAGCAAAAGAUCGCUGCCCAGGAAAAGCUACUGAAUGAUCUGAAGCGCAGCCUACGGUCCUUGCCGGACAUACCCGAAGAGUCUUCCACAGGGAAGAACGAAUUGGACAUGUCUAAAUUUCCAGCCGAUGCCGGGGCUGGCUGUGUCCCUCCCGCUCAGGUGUCAGUCACAGUCUCCAUGCAAGUGGAGGCCGCAGCUAAUGUGGAAGACGAUGAGAUCACGCCGGAGAAAGAGAAUGCUUUGUCCAGCGGCUCUCCGGUCGAUGGCAAGUCCAAGACUAAUCGAAAGAUUACGAGUUACUUUACCGUCGUUGGCCAGCAGGCGGAGAUGAAUAACCUAAAGACUUAAGAUCAGGAUCAGCUACUCUUACUCAUUAGUUUUAUAUGCCACUGUACUUGGAAAUUGCGGAAAAGUUUCCCUAGCGUAGCGUACACCUCGCAAUGUGUAUUUUUUUGAUUUGCAAUGCAAUUU